AUGGGCAGCGCCAGCCCCGGCCUGAGCAGCGUGUCCCCCAGCCGCCUCCUGCCGCCCCCCGACACUGUGCUGCGGACAGGCCUGGAAAAGGUGGCCGCAGGGGCGGUGGGGCCCGAGAGACGGGACUGGCGCCCCAGCCCACCUGCCACGCCUGAGCAGGGCCUGUCUGCCUUCUACCUCUCCUACUUUGACAUGCUGUACUCCGAGGACAGCAGCUGGGCCGCCAAGGGUCCCGGGGCCAGCGCUCGGGAGGAGCCACCUGAGGAGCCUGAGCAGUGCCCGGUCAUCGACAGCCAAGCCCCUGGGGGCAGCCUGGACUUGGCACCGGGUGGGCUGAUGCUGGAGGAGCACUCCCUGGAGCAGGUGCAGUCCAUGGUGGUGGGCGAGGUGCUUAAGGACAUCGAGACGGCCUGUAAGCUACUCAACAUCACUGCAGACCCCGUGGACUGGAGCCCUGGCAACGUGCAGAAGUGGCUCCUGUGGACAGAGCACCAGUACCGGCUGCCGCCCGUGGGUAAAGCCUUCCAGGAGUUGGGGGGCAAGGAGCUGUGUGCCAUGUCGGAGGAACAGUUCCGGCAGCGCUCCCCUCUGGGUGGCGACGUGCUGCACGCCCACCUGGACAUCUGGAAAUCAGCGGCCUGGAUGAAAGAGAGGACUUCCCCCGGGACCGUCCACUACUGCGCCUCCACCAGCGAGGACAGCUGGACCGACAGCGAGGUGGACUCAUCCUGCUCCGGGCAGCCCAUCCACCUGUGGCAGUUCCUCAAGGAGCUGCUGCUCAAGCCCCACAGCUAUGGCCGCUUCAUCCGGUGGCUCAACAAGGAGAAGGGCAUCUUCAAAAUCGAGGACUCCGCCCAGGUGGCCCGGCUGUGGGGCAUCCGCAAGAACCGGCCUGCCAUGAACUACGACAAGCUGAGCCGCUCCAUCCGCCAGUAUUACAAGAAGGGCAUCAUCCGGAAGCCGGACAUCUCCCAGCGCCUCGUCUACCAGUUUGUGCACCCCAUCUGA